GACAAUGAUUCUAUGCUAACAUAAUGCGGACAACCAAUUUCACGGAAAAUGUCGCUAUCUGAAUUCGGAAUACUAUAAAAGUUUGGAACGACAGUAUUUUACAAACUAGUACGCAAUAUUAGAGAUGCGCUUCAAAACGGGGGCGCGCGGCCUCCAGAAUACUCGAGCAACUUCAGCGUGGGACGCAUAUUAUUCUAUAACCUGUCGCACAGUAACGACUGUUUUCAUGUUGUCACUGCUCUCCGGCCUCGGACUAUAUAGUACGCGACAAGCAAAAAGGACACCGGAGACUCCCAAACCUACACAAAAAGUACCACUGAGAUGCUUCGUAUGCAAUAACUAUGCAAGUGUUGAGACCGGAGUGCGCCCUGGGCCCAGUUCAGGGCUAGCAUGGCUCGACGGUAAACCAGUUAUUGGAGGCCUCUCAAAGCAGUCAAGCAACGAUAUCAACACUGUGGACGGUCUGACCGCAGUACAAACCGCCAAGUUGUGUUCCGAACAUGUGGACCGAACAAAAAUGACAGCGCUGAUCGACUCCAAAGACUAUGGUGUAUGUCCUAACGUUAAUUACAACGGGUGUGCCAAAAUUGUCACCAAAAGUUUCCGAGUGCGCCCACAGGUAGGAAAAGCAAUGUUAGCGGCUGUGGUAGUCUCCCGAGUAUGCGCUGUAAUUCCAGAGGCGAUGGGCGUCGGAUGUUUCCAAACGGCUGGUGGAGCUGGCAUGCGACGGACGGUUUGCUACUGCGAAGGAAAUUUCUGUAAUACCUCGAACAUUAUCACACCAGUCCCAUUCACUUUUAUAAUCAUGUGCACACUCUUAUUGUUUGCUUACCGUUGAAUAAUUUGCACAAACAUUUCCAAAGAGGACAAGCCUGCUAGGAAACAUGACCGCAACAAUGCCUCUUCGAAGUAGAAAAUUAUGAUCAAC